CAUCAGUCUUCAUUACUGAGAGGAGACACACCGUCGGCUGCAGGAUUAAGACAGUUGGGAUUUAAAUGCAGGCUUUCAAUCUGAUGGAUAUUUGUAGGUGCUUACGCUUGGGAGCAAUUAUACUUUUUCUCCAGGCACUGUCCUGUGCAGCUUCUGACCAAUCAUGCACACCUGGUUUUGAUUCAGAGCUCUAUCUAUUCAAUGUCGACAGAGUUACUCUUCAUGUUGGCAAGAGCCUUGGUAAAGUGGUUUUCGAUGACUGCACCGGCCACUCGCAAACUCUGUUGGAUUCGGCAGACAGACGUUUUAAAGUGGACACCGAUGGAACGGUGAAGCUGGAGAGGCAAGUGACCCUGCAUGAUGGACACACAAGGUUUUCAGUGCACGGGUGGGACUCCCAAGGCAGGAAGCACACUGUUGCAGUUUGUGUGGAGCUCAACCAGCCGAAGCACCACCAGGUGGACUUGCAUCAGCCCGAUGCGACUGAAGCAGUUCCAGCCAUGCCAGUCCUGGUGUUUCCAAGAUCAUAUGGUGGUCUAAGGAGGAGGAAGAGGGAUUGGAUUAUCCCUCCCAUCAACUUCCCUGAAAACUCCAAAGGCCCUUUUCCAAAACCGAUGGUGCAGAUUAAAACCAGCUUUGAUAAGGAGCUGGCGAUCGUCUACAGCAUUACUGGUUCAGGGGCAGACCUAGCCCCUGUUGGCCUUUUUACAAUUGACCGUGAAACUGGAUGGCUUUCCGUCACUCAGCCCCUGGACAGAGAAAAACAGGCUUCCUAUUUGCUUUUUGCUCAUGCAGUAUCAACAGGUGGUAGAACAGCAGAGGACCCCAUGAAUAUCACAGUAAUUGUAAUUGACCAAAAUGAUAACAGGCCUGUCUUUACGCAUGAUCCUUUCCUGGGAAAUGUUGCAGAAGCAUCAAAAAUAGGCACUGAGUUUUUGGACAUUACUGCCACUGAUGCUGAUGAGCCUGGAAAUGCAAACUCCAUCAUUAUAUACAAAAUUCUGAGUCAAGAUCCAAAAUGGCCACGAGCGGAUAUGUUCGCCAUCAAUCCUAUAACAGGAAAACUCAGAGUGGAGAACACUGGGCUGGAUAAAGAGGAAGUUGCUGAGUACACUUUGGAAAUUCAAGCAGCUGACCUUGAAGGACAGGGUCUAAUCGUCAAUUGCAAAGCAAUAAUUACCAUAACUGACAGUAAUGACAAUGCUCCACAGUUUAACCCAACUCAGUACACAGUGACUGUCCCUGAGAACAAAGCGGGGGAAGUGGUAGUGAAGAUGCCUGUAACGGAUGCGGAUGAUCCCAACACCCCUGCGUCAGCAGCCAAAUUCAAGAUCAUAAGUGGGGACCCUGCGGGGAUGUUCAGUGUUGAGACAGGCCCCAACAAACAGGAGGGCAUCAUCAAGACAGCCAAGCCCCUGGACUUUGAAGCAGUGUCCAAGUACACGCUGGUGGUAGCAGUGGAGAACGAAAUCCCGUUUGCAGUUUCUCUGACAACAGCCACUGCUCAGGUGGUGGUGAAUGUUGGGGAUGUCAAUGAGGCUCCUUUCUUCAGUCCAGCAGAGAUGACCAUUUCUAAGGAUGAAAAUGUACCUGUUGGCACAGCAUUAGUGAAAUACUCUGCCACAGAUCCUGACACUGCCAGGAAGCAGAAAGUGACGUACAAAGUCGACAGAGAUUUAGCAAAUUGGCUGAGUGUUGACAAAGAAACGGGACUGAUUAAAUUGAAGUCUAAAAUGGACUGGGAAUCUGUCUAUGUCAAAGAUGGCCAGUACAAAGCCGUAAUUCUGGCUAUGGAUGAUGAUAUGGUUCCUGCGACUGGCACUGGAACACUCAUUAUUAAUUUGCAGGACGUGAACGACAACCCUCCAGUCGUGGAGGAGAAGCAGAUUAAGGUGUGCAACGAGGAGCCCCCUCCCAUACUGCUCACAGUCACGGAUAAAGACAGUAAAGAGCAUGGUCCUCCUUUCUCUGUACGGAUGACUGGGGACUCAGCCAAAAACUGGACAGCACGGAUGAACAACACAAAAACUGGCAUUAUGCUCCAAAUGAAGCAUAAGUUACUGAAAGGCAAUUAUAGCAUCAGACUGACUGUUGGUGAUAGACAUGGCCUGCAUCAUGAGAGCAUUGUAGAAGCCUUGGUGUGUAACUGCAAGGGAGACUUCAAAUGCAGUGACGUGCGGGCUGCACCGUUCCUUGAAGCAGGAUUUGGAAUCUUGGGAGGCAUCCUGGCCUUACUCUUGUUGGUCCUGCUUCUGCUCCUAUACAUGAGGAGGAAGAGAAAUGUGAAGAAGGACCCGCUCCUGCCAGAGGACGACAUCAGGGACAACAUCUACUACUACGAUGAGGAAGGCGGAGGAGAAGACGACAUGGAUUUUGACUUGAGUGUGCUACACAGAGGCCUGGAUAACCGGCCAGAAGUAUUCAGGAAUGACGUGAUUCCCACCUUCAUGACCGCACCACAGUAUCGCCCACGUCCUGCCAACCCUGAAGAUAUCGGGAACUUUAUUGAUGAUAAUCUAAAGGCGGCUGAUGACGAUCCCACGGCACCACCGUACGACUCGCUGCUGGUGUUUGACUAUGAGGGCGCAGGUUCCGAGGCCGGCUCCCUCAGUUCCCUCAACUCCUCCAGCUCUGGAGACGACCAGGACUACAACUGCCUCAACGAGUGGGGCCCGCGCUUCAAAAAGCUGGCCGACAUGUAUGGAGGAGGAGAGGAUGACUGAGUGGACUCACUCUUUUAAUGACAACAACUGUCCUAAACCAUCUUCUCCUUAAACAGGGCCACUCCUGUGCGCUGUUGCGCAUUUUCAACCACAGACAUGUUUGCUUUGCUUUGUUUCUCUGAUGGUGGCUUGACCUUCAAGGUUUUGCUUGGUUACAUUUUGAAUGACAGGUCAUGGUUAAGCCCGUUCCUUAAGCACUGAUGGUGGCCAUUCGAGUCGAGGGGCACUGAGUGGAAUUCCUCCUCAGGGUUCGUGCAUGCUUAAUUUGCAAGCUAGUUACAGGUAAAUUUUUUUCGUUGUUGUUCGUAUGUAAAAAAAUUUUGUCUCAAUUUAAUCAUUCUCAAGUAUUAAAGAGAAAAUGCCUUUUUGGUUUUGAAUAGGUCAAGAUUUUCUUUCUCCGAGAGUAGUAUUGCGCAAUAUGUUUUGUUAUUUAUAAUGCUGUUUUCAGUAAAACUCUGCAAAUGGGAGAAUGUGCAGAACCCAAAAACAACUUCUUUUUUUUUUUUUUUUUAAUGAAUUUUCAAAUAAGACAAGAACCUUCAUCACUCAGUUAAAUACUACGAUCACCAUUGUGGCUAUUUGAAUACUAGUGGGGCUGGAAUGUUCUGGAUGUAUUUGUGCACAUUGUUUUGCUUCUUUGAAUGAAUUAUUGUGUUUUUUGGACUGUGACGUAAUUUAAAUAUAAGGUGAUGAUGUAAAUAUUUUAUUAAAUAAAAUGUUCAGACUUGA